AAAAUCUAACAUGCUCUCUUUCUUAAAUUCAGGACAGGGCUGUUUACUCCAGACAUGGCGUUUGAAGCAAUAGUCAAAAAGCAAAUUGUAAAGCUGAAAGGGCCUUCCUUGAAGAGUGUAGACCUGGUAAUACAAGAAUUAAUCAACACCGUCAAGAAGUGUACCAAAAAACUGGCAAACUUCCCCAGACUCUGUGAAGAAACAGAACGGAUUGUGGCUAACCACAUUCGCGAGCGAGAAGGCAAGACGAAGGACCAGGUCCUGCUCCUGAUCGACAUCCAGGUGUCAUACAUCAACACCAACCACGAAGACUUCAUUGGCUUCGCAAACGCUCAGCAGAGGAGCAGCCAAGUUCACAAGAAAAACACAAUCGGAAACCAGGGAACCAAUCUUCCGCCUUCAAGGCAAAUUGUGAUUCGCAAGGGCUGGCUGACCAUCAGCAACAUCGGCAUCAUGAAAGGAGGCUCCAAGGGAUACUGGUUCGUCCUCACUGCGGAAAGCUUGUCCUGGUAUAAGGACGACGAGGAAAAAGAGAAGAAGUACAUGCUCCCCUUGGACAACCUGAAAGUUCGGGAUGUGGAGAAGGGCUUUAUGUCGAGCAAGCACAUCUUUGCGCUCUUCAAUACAGAACAAAGGAAUGUAUACAAAGACUAUCGCUUCCUCGAGCUGGCAUGCGACUCACAGGAGGAUGUAGACAGCUGGAAGGCAUCUCUGCUGAGAGCUGGAGUUUAUCCCGAUAAAUCUCUAACUGAAAAUGAUGAGAAUGACCAAGCAGAAAACUUUUCCAUGGACCCCCAGCUGGAGAGGCAGGUGGAGACCAUUCGCAACCUCGUAGACUCUUACAUGUCGAUCAUCAACAAAUGUAUCCGAGACCUAAUUCCCAAAACGAUAAUGCACCUGAUGAUCAAUAACGUUAAAGAUUUCAUCAACUCGGAGCUCCUGGCGCAGUUAUAUUCUUCGGAGGACCAGAACACUCUGAUGGAGGAAUCUGCCGAGCAGGCUCAGCGUCGGGAUGAGAUGCUUCGGAUGUACCAAGCCCUUAAAGAGGCCCUCACGAUCAUCGGUGACAUCAACACUGCCACCACGUUCACCCCCGCGCCGCCCCCCGUGGAUGACUCCUGGCUCCAGCACUCCCGCAGGUAGGAAGACGGCCCGCGUCCCCCGA